CAAAUUUGAAAUCCAAUCUAAACAAACAAGUUCAUUCAUUUUAGGUACAGGUGUAGCGUAUCGCGAGCGCACUGAAGCCGAGAACGAGCGAUUGACUUCUCUACUUAUCUCUCUUCCGCAUGCUAUCGCACGAAAAUGACGGAUAUUGUUGUGAAAGUGCAGUUCAUGAGCGGGCGGCGACCGGGUCUUUAGUGAUAGAAUCUUUUAGAAAUUCGUGACUCAAUCACUCGAUCACGGGUAGUGACCGAAUCAUUACGUCUCGAUUAAUCUUAAUCGACUCAGCGCUAAUGUCAACACAAAAACACGAACGUUGUUGUGUUGAUUUUAUGAAUUUGUGCUAAAUAAAUAUCCAGGUUUAAAAAACACAUAUUACCAUGGGUAUAGGCCAGGAUUUCACUAGCUUGAACAUAAUAUUCAUUAUUAGCGGUGGUGUUUUAACAUUCGUGAUAUUGUUCAUUUUUGCUAAGAGGCAAAUAACAAGGUUUGCCCUACGAUCCAGGAGAGGACCUCAUGUUCCCAUCGGUGCUGAUGCAAAGAAGUGUUUGAAGAAAGAAAUAGAACGACGCAUCGAAGCGGUGCCUCGUAUCAUGCAUGAGCCUCGUCUCUUGAGUGCGGAGCCCUCACACUACAUCCUGGAGCCUCAGCAGCCAUACCACUACAGGUUUAGAGCUGUUGAUGAUAUUAAAACUUUAGAAGAAGAAAUAGCCCGUCAAGAGCCAGGGCUUCGGCGUCAUCCCCGGGAGUCUCUGCGCGCGUUCCUGUUGUCUUCCCUCGCAGCGCCACUGGACGGCAGAGGCCAAAAGCUAGUCCAUCAGUUCUGUGACACAUAUGAGUUUGCCAGACACCAUCCCGGAGAGUUUGGGGAGGACGAGUACAAUGAGUACAGCCGACUGUUGCUCAAGUUGUUGGAUGCGGCGCGGCUGCUGAAGAGCGUGGGCGGCGUGGGGCGGGCGCCGACGCCGGCCAGCAGUCCGCAGCGCCGCGCGCGCCCGCGCCCCGCCGCACUCGCCGCGCACAAGCUGCCCACGGCGCUGCAUAAGCAUUAUACCACCCUCGAGAACAUGCCAACGGAGCCCAAGCUGGAGCAGGAGGUGAUCAGGGUCCCAGUGAAGAGCCCCUCGUCGCCCGCGGGCCGCGCGCCCGCCGCCGACGAGACCGCAGUCUGACACGCAGCCACCACGCUAUAGACCGUGGACCUAUUGCUAUCUCUUUCAUCUCUAAUCCUGCACAAUGGACAUUUAUUACGAAGACCGAAGCACAUUUAUUGGUCCUUCGAGCCGGAUCUGAUCUGGAUCUCUAUUUACAUAGGCUUCGGAUCUCUUCAUAGAUUAUAGAUUCGUACCUGACAGAUAAUUCAGUCCAAUGUAUUUAUUAAAUACGUAGAUGUUGUCACACUUUUUCGACCCCCUUUUAUUGACGUAUUUUAUACAUGGAAUAUGACAAAGCGUUGUUAUGCACACGGCUGAAGAAGCAACCGGGACACCGCUCAGAUGAGAAAAUGAUACACAUUGGUAUAUAGCGUGUAGCUGAACACAUACGGACCAUAUGUGAGCAAGACAGACGUUGAGGUUGGAGCCAUAGUCGCAUCGCAAUGAGUGCCUAAGAAUUGCCUUUGAAAGGCUAAAAAGUAGGCUGUUUAUUAUAGUGAAUGAGUGGAGGAUUGAACAAGUGAACAUUCUAAGCACAUGGACAAUAACCCUCCUUUUCGCAUCGCCGUUAGUCGGGUAAAUAGAAAAAUGCGACUCAAAAAAGGAACUUGGCAAGUCAUAAUGGACUGUAAAUAUUGAGACUAUCAUGUAAAUAUCGCGUAGAGAUUAGUCAAAUUAUGUAAAAUAGAAUUAAGAUAUAAAAUCUAAAUAACUGAUAUCUUAUAAGUCGCGGGCAAUAGUUAGUACAUAUAACUGUACUAACUAUUGCCCGCGGCUUCGCCCACGUGAAUUUAAUAGUAAAAUAUUUGUCAUUCCUUUUAAAAAAUUAUGAAGAGUAUGUUUACCAAUUUUCAGAAUUAAAAUUUGUAUUAGGUUCCAUACAAUAUUUUACCCCCCUUUUGAAAAGAGGUUGAGGGUUAAUUUACGGAAAAACUUGAAACACGUGUUCUUUAAUUUGUUGUAAACAACUGAAAUCCAAAUUUUCAAGUCACUAACUUCAACGGUGUAGAACUUUCAUAUAAAAGUUUUUCACCCCUUUCAACCACUUCGGGGUGGAAUUUCUUGAAAAAGAAAAGAGGUGUUUUUAAGCUAUCUUAGCUAUUCUGUAAACAACCAUUUGAAUAAAA